AUGGGGAACUGCUGGGGCACGCGGAUCAAGGAUGGGAGCACCCACCCCGGCGUCUCAGGAAUGUUCUCAAGGAGUAGUGGUAAAGAUGGGAGUAGGCUUAGUGCCUGCAGCAGUCGAGCUUCUUCGGCUUCCAUGCCUCCAAGUGCAAAGACUGAAUGUGAGAUCUUGCAGUCAGCCAAUGUUAAGGUCUUCACUUAUAAUGAUCUCAGGUUAGCCACAAGGAACUUCCGUCCUGACAGUGUGCUCGGCGAAGGAGGGUUUGGAUCUGUCUACAAAGGAUGGAUUGAUGAGCAUACAUUGUCAGCUUGCAAACCUGGUACUGGAAUACCUGUUGCUGUGAAAAGACUCAACCUGGAGGGUUUGCAAGGGCACCGAGAGUGGUUGGCUGAAGUUAAUUACCUAGGUCAGUUUUGCCAUACCAACCUUGUCAAGCUAAUUGGGUACUGCCUGGAGGAUGAACACCGGCUCCUAGUGUACGAGUGCAUGCCACGUGGGAGCUUGGAAAAUCAUCUUUUCAGGAGGGGCUCGCACUUUCAGCCUCUUUCAUGGAACCUAAGAAUGAAGGUUGCACUUGGAGCUGCUAAAGGACUAGCCUACCUUCACAGUGCAGAGGCUAAAGUUAUUUAUAGAGAUUUCAAGACAUCCAAUAUUCUCCUUGACACAGACUAUACCGCAAAACUCUCUGAUUUUGGAUUGGCAAAGGAUGGCCCUGUUGGUGAGAAGAGUCAUGUGUCCACAAGGGUAAUGGGAACACAUGGUUAUGCAGCUCCAGAAUAUCUGUCAACAGGCCAUCUUACUGCCAAGAGCGACAUCUAUAGCUUUGGGGUAGUGCUUCUGGAGAUGCUGUCAGGCCGCCGUGCCAUUGACAAGAACCGUCCCCAGGGCGAGCACAACCUUGUCGAAUGGGCCCGGCCAUAUCUCACACACAAGCGCAAGAUAUUCCGUGUCCUUGAUACCAGGCUAGAAGGCCAAUACUCCCUGAACGGAGCCCAGACAAUAGCUGCACUGGCUGUCGAGUGCCUGUCCUUCGAAGCUAAGAUGAGGCCGUCCAUGGACGCCGUGGUCUCUAUUCUGGAAGGGAUACAAGACUCCAGCGACCCAGCCAGAAGACCGGCAGACCCAGCCAGAAGACCGGCAGAUCCAACCAGAAGACCGGCGGCAGAGAGGCCUCAAGACCCCAAGAGUGGAAGCAAGACGGCGCCCGGCGCAAGCAACAGCGGCAAAGGUCGCCGUAAAAGCUCGGGAGACCUUCUGAAGGAGCCUGGCCGAGACCCAAAGCCGUCGGCCUACUCGUCGUAG